CGAUCCGGUCCGCGGCUGUCCUGCGGGGCAUUGCGUUAUGCAUAUAUCGUGAUCUCUAUCUUAAUACUAGUCUCAAGAUAAAAAAUUAUAUAACUAGUCAUGAUUGUAUUCUCCUGUCUCGAUCUUUGCUCGUAAUAUCUUCUUCAGUGUUAACUGCAGCCAUGGCGAGGACUAAAUCCCCAAAAGGAAACAACAGAAUCGAAUACCACCACUGGGACCAUAGCUUCCGAUGGACUGAAUUACACAGAUCAUCAGAAGAACUACGCCCACUGACCGUCUCAUGGGAUAAACUCGCCGAUGAAUGCGUUGAUAUAAUCAAUGGAAUGCCGUCUGGUCCCAGCGAUACAAGCAAGAACCCUUGUAAACGAGACAUAUAUGCACUAUUAAGUGCCAAUGUUGACAAAAAUGCCAAGUUAAAAGAAUUCUGGACAGAAAUCAAUACGGUCCCGGAAUGGGUGGAUUGGGAGCAAAUCAAGCGAGGUCAAGAUGUGUUCUAUCGAUAUGCAAUACCUAUCAUAAUCGCACUUGCAUUUCAAAGCCUACUUGGUGGGAUGGGUGCGCCUCGAGUCGUGGAAACCCUUUCGCGCACAGGAGGUUUCAGUGCGAGAGUGGUUCGACGUCGACUUCUAGAAACUGUGCAGCAUACUCUCGAUGUCACCGGGUCAGUAAACGCAAUGAAGCCUGGGGGAGAGGGCCAUGUCUCAUCUGUUCGAGUACGAUUGCUCCACUCAGUCGUACGCCUUAGAAUCUUGAACCUCGCGAUACAGCAACCGGACUAUUACGACAAGGAAAAAUACGGUGUUCCUAUCAACGACCUCGAUUGCAUUGCGACUAUUAAUAUCUUCUCCAGCAACGUGGUGUGGAUGGGUCUUCCACGCCAAGGUGUUUACCUCUCAAAGCAGGAAAUUGAAGAUUAUAUAGCGUUAUGGAGAUUGGUUGCCUACUACAUGGGCACACCAACAGAAGCAUGGGAGAACACAGAAAAGGCGAAAGCCAUGAUGGAGUCGCUGCUUGUUUCUGAAAUUGAUCCGUCUGAAACUGGGAAAAUCUUAGCCAAGAAUAUCAUUCUCGGUCUCGAGAAUACUCCGCCACUAUAUGUGUCGAAAGAGCUCCUGGAAGCGAUCACUCGACUACUCAAUGGAAAGGACCUCUCUGACGAGCUGGAUAUUCCACGAUCAAGUCUGUACUAUCGGAUAAUCAUAUAUGGAUACUGCUUCGGAGUGAUUAUAUUCUCAUAUAUGAAACCAAAAAGUGGUUUCCUUGACAGAAAAAUCAUUGAAUGGUAUCGAAAAUACCUACGCGAUAUAAUGAUAUAUCGGAAGGACGGCCUCGGCGGCGAGACGCUCUUUGACUUCAAAUACCUCCCAACCCUAACACGCACGACACGGCUGGGGAAGCGGAGGACCAAUCUCAAAUGGCACGGUAUGAAAAUCAUGGGAUUGUUCGGCCCUUUCAUUACUCUAGGUUUGAUCUUAUUUCUGGGCAUUGGAUGGUACUCCAUAAGUAUAGCACUUUCUGCGAUUAGCUCUUGAUCAUUGUCGCGCAAUGACUGUCGGCUGUCCCGGAAAGCCUAAAUAGAAUUGUCCCAACCUCUUAAAAGGUGAUAACUUAUGUAUGCUGAGUGUAUAUCUACGUCGAUUUGCCAAAGACAAAUCGUAGUCUUCAGUCUUCCGAUCGACCAAGUUGCACAUAUUCUGUACUCCCGGAAACUAGGGACCUCUCAACAUCGAGAUCGUAACAUAAUCGAGUCGACAUCAAGG